AUCUUUGGUCUUCUUUUCUGGUUCCGCAGUAGACACUCCCCAACUCGUUUACUCCAGAAAUAUGGCACUACCGUUUACUGUCGUGGAUGUGUUCACUGAAACACCCUUCAAGGGCAACCCGCUCGCAGUGGUCACGAUCCCACCAGGCGUGGUCUUGACCCAAGCCCAAAAGCAGGACAUCGCCAGGGAAUUCAAUCUGUCCGAGACUACUUUUGUGCAUGACGUCGCGCCAACUGAUGAGCACUUCACGGACAAACGGCGCUUCGACAUUUUCACGCCAGCGGCGGAGAUACCGUUUGCCGGCCACCCAACAAUUGGCACCGCCGUGUUCCUUCACCCACGUGGCGUACGCACCUUGCUUGCAAAGGCGGGUUCUAUUACCAUCGAACCAGCAGCACACGGCGCCCUCCGGGCCGCGAUCCCGCAUGAUAUCAGGCUGCACCAGAGGCGUCUUCCUGCGCCUGAGACGGGCCUCCCGGAACCCACGCCCCAGGCUGUGGUUGCGAGGGCAGAGGGCGGUGCUCCGCUGUUCAGCAUUGUCAAGGGCAUGACGUUCGCGCUCAUUGAGCUGCCGUCACUCGAGCUGCUAGGCGCCGCGUGCGUGGGUGCCAUGCCUGCAAUCCCCGUGGAGCUUUUGGACAAUGGCUGGCGUGACGGCUGGGUUACACGGCGGUACUACUUCGUCCGGCUCGGUAGCGAGCGGGUCGGCAGCAGAACAAUUCACAGAAUCCGGGCGAGGAUGGUGAAGUUAACCAUGGAGGACCCGGCCACAGGGAGUGCGGCGUGCGCGUUGUCGAGCUACUUGAGCCUGUAUGAGUUGGAGGAGCAGUCGGCCACCUUUGAGAUUACCCAGGGUGUUGAGAUGGGACGGGACAGCAAUAUCCUGGUGGACACCGAGGUCGGCAAGGGCCUGGACGGGGCGAGAAGAUUGCACGCGCUGCACCUUGGAGGACAAGCAGUUCCGGUCAUGAGCGGGACCAUCAUGGCUCGACCAUGAUGCGCUGCUGUAUUAUCAUGUGAACCCAAUAUACAUUUCAUAGCAUGAAUUCUUCUACUUUCUAACACCAUCCAAUACUAAGGGUGUAAACUACUGCUAGGAGUAGUAACUUCCUUCGAAGUAAAGGUGCAAUAUGUAUAGUCCUCCCU